AAUGCUGUGGACAGUGUCCUCCGGCUUAUGCUUGCAAAUGAAGUAUCGCUCUUGGACCUUACAAAAACAAUAAUAUCAACACCACAGCAAAACUAUCAGCCAAUAAAGGACUCACUUCAGCAACACGUGGCUGAAAUAUGCCGUCUUCUCUUCUUGUCCACUGGAUGUCAUGAGGUUGUCUUUGGUUGGGCAUUUGAAGUCGUUGUCAGGGUUCUUUGUGACGAGAUGGUCGAUCUGUCGAGUGAGUGCAAUGGACUGCAUUUCAAAGCAUCAAAAACAACAUCUACGCAACUUGAAGAUUCAUUCAUCCACAUGCUUGCACUGAAAAUCAAAAAGAUCACACCGAAUAUGUUUAAAAUGUUGCUCACACUUCUG